UAGAUUCCAAAUCUUGAAAAUUAUUCAAGAAGUGAUUUUUAUAUUCUGGGUUUAGCUGGAACCCCAGAAGAGCAACAGCUGCUGCUUCAAUUUGGAAUUUGACAUUUCAGAUCUGGUAAAGAGGGUCAGUCAAUGCUCUCUGAUUGCUGGAACUCAUUUUACUGAGGUGCAUAUAGAGGGGCUCAGGGUCAAGAAGAUGGAGAUAUAGUUGUGGGUUUCUCUCUGAAGAGUCUUCUGAGAUAAUGUUUUCUAUUCUGAAAUGGAAAUGCUCAUGGUCUAUGAUAGCGGCGAUUGCUUCUAUUGUGGGAUUGGUUUCACUAAUGUUGGCUUCAAUAGUCCAUCUGUUCUUCUUUCCAUUAGUUCCUUCUUUCGAGUACUUUAGUCAAACUCAGAACUCUUGUGUCCCAAUCAAUGCUUCCACUGAAGCAAUUACGGAUCAUUUUAGGGGAAAUUUAGAACCUCCUAUUGACUUAGAAAAUCAAUUUCCAGCUGACUUGCACAAGGCAGUUGUUUUUCGUGGAGCACCAUGGAAGGCAGAGAUUGGCCGGUGGCUUGCUGGUUGUGGCUCAAUUUCUAAUGAAGUCAACAUUGUGGAGUUAAUAGGUGGGAGUGGCUGCAAAAAUGACUGCAGUGGUCGAGGUGUUUGUAAUCGUGAAUUGGGACAAUGUCGGUGCUUUCAUGGAUAUAGUGGGGAAGGAUGCUCUGAGACACUGCAGCUAGAAUGCAACUACCCUGGAUCUCCGGAGCAACCAUAUGGGAGAUGGGUUGUCUCAAUUUGCUCAGCUCAUUGUGACACAAAAAGAGCAAUGUGCUUCUGUGGGGAAGGCACAAAAUACCCAAAUCGACCUGUGGCAGAGGCAUGUGGCUUUCAAGUGAAGCCACCCUCUGAACCUGGCGCACCUAAGCUGACUGACUGGGCAAAAGAUGACCUGGAUAAUGUUCUUACAACAAAUAGUAGCAAACCCGGAUGGUGCAAUGUCGAUCCUGCUGAAGCAUAUGCUCUCAAGGUUCAAUUCAAACAGGAAUGCGAUUGCAAAUAUGAUUGUCUCUCAGGGCGGUUCUGUGAAGUGCCUGUGCUAUGUACUUGCAUUAAUCAGUGCUCCGGACACGGAUAUUGCCAUGGUGGAUUUUGUCAGUGUAACAAUGGCUGGUAUGGAAUAGAUUGCAGUAUUCCAUCUGUGGCGUCUUCUGUUCGAGAGUGGCCUCAGUGGCUUCGGCCUGCUCAGGUUGACAUUCCCGAUAGUUCACAGCUGACAGGGAAAGUUGUCAACCUCAAUGCUGCGGUUAAAAAAAAGAGGCCUCUUAUCUAUGUCUAUGAUUUACCCCCAGAUUUCAACAGCCUACUUCUUGAGGGGCGUCACUUUAAGUUCGAGUGUGUAAACAGAAUCUAUAAUGACCUAAAUUCCACCGUGUGGACAGAUAUGCUCUAUGGUGCCCAGAUGGCACUCUAUGAAAGUAUGUUAGCUAGUCCAUAUCGUACAUUAAAUGGUGAAGAAGCAGAUUUCUUCUUUGUUCCUGUUCUUGAUUCAUGCAUUAUAACUCGGGCUGAUGAUGCUCCUCACUUGAGUAUGCAGGAACAUAAGGGAUUGAGGAGCUCUCUCACUCUGGAAUAUUAUAGGAAGGCUUAUGAUCACAUUGUUGAACAGUACCCAUUCUGGAACCGCUCAUCUGGAAGAGACCAUAUUUGGUUUUUUUCAUGGGAUGAAGGUGCUUGCUAUGCUCCAAAGGAGAUAUGGAACAGCAUGAUGUUGGUUCACUGGGGUAACACAAACUCGAAACAUAAGCACUCAACAACAGCCUAUUGGGCUGACAACUGGAAUGACAUUUCUUCUAAUAAGAGGGGCAACCAUCCCUGCUUUGACCCUGAUAAAGAUCUUGUGCUUCCUGCGUGGAAAAGCCCCGAUGUCAACUCUUUCAGCUCAAAACUUUGGGCCAGGCCUCAUGAGAUGCGGAAAACCCUGUUCUACUUCAAUGGAAAUCUGGGACCAGCUUACCCAAAGGGAAGGCCCGAAACUUCCUAUAGCAUGGGUAUUAGACAAAAAUUAGCAGAAGAAUUUGGGUCAAGCCCUAACAAGGAAGGGAAACUUGGAAAACAACACGCAGAAGAUGUGAUUGUUACUCCACUACGGUCUGAAAAUUAUCAUGAGGAUUUAGCCAGUUCCACUUUCUGCGGGGUAUUUCCUGGAGAUGGUUGGAGUGGUCGUAUGGAAGACAGUAUUUUGCAAGGAUGCAUUCCUGUUGUCAUUCAGGAUGGGAUUUUCUUGCCAUAUGAAAAUGUUCUCAACUAUGAGAGUUUUGCUGUUCGGAUACGUGAAGAUGAAAUUCCAAACCUUAUAAAUAUUCUUCGGGCAUUUAAUGAGACUGAAAUAAAGUUCAGGCUAGCAAAUGUGCAGAAAAUCUGGCAGAGGUUUUUGUAUCGUGAUUCUAUUUUGCUCGAAGCAGAGAGGCAAAAAACUGGUUUUGGCCAUAUGGAUGAUUGGGCAGUUCAGUUCUCACAAUUAAUUGAAGAUGAUGUCUUUCAAACAUUUGUACAGGUUUUGCAUUACAAGUUACAUAAUGACCCUUGGAGGCAACAUGUUCAUGUAAAAAAGGAGUUCGGGUUACCUCGAGAGUGUUUGAUCAACAGGAACUGAACAAAUGUGUUUUACUGCUAAACCAAGUUGAAAGAUAUAGCUGCAUCACAAGGGCCACCAGGUAACAGAAAGCAAAGCUAAUAAACAGUUGUGUUGAAACGAGAACCUCAACAGUCAGAUAGGAUUUGAAAGCCAGAUAUAUGAAAGUAUACUACACCUCUGCCAAUUUUGUAAACCAAAGCUUUGAACUUUAGGCAUGGAGUAUUUGUUCAAAUGAAAUGAUGACCUCAGUUUUUCUUUUUA